UUCAGGUUACAGGCGCGCUCCCAAUCGCCCCCGUCGGCUCAGUUGGGUGAGAGAAAGCGCGCUACGUGAUGUGUCCACUCUCUCUCUAGAGUCGUCUAGACCGUCAAAAGGAGUUACAGUAUCUGUGACUGCGUGUAACGGGAACUGAAGGGCUGGUGACGGGAAGCGAAAAGUAAAAAGGGACGAACUUUGACCCAGAGGCGUGCGGACCAGGAGAGGACUCCGUUCAACAAAGGGGAGAGGACCUCGCUGUCACAGGUGCCAGUGCGAGUAGGGUGAGGAGGUGGUUUCGCCAAUGGCACCGUUACCACCUGCCAAGGACACACGGAAGAAUUCAGCUUUAAGUGGGACCACGACCCCAUCGAGGUCCCCCAGGAGUACCCCCAGCAAGGUGGCUGCCCCCGUGGUCCCAUCGCAACGCCGUGCAUCCAAGGUAGCAGACGCAGCUGGCCUUGGUGGAGAUGAUGGCCCUCUUGGUGCAGAUGGCUCCCAAAAGGUGGCAGGGAAGAGAGGAACUCAUCUGACGUCUCCCCGAUAUGAGAAAAGCAAUGGCAAAGAAGAUGCAUUGUCUGAGAACAACACUCACGCAUCUGGAGACACUUGUAAGCCAUGUAGAGGGACAAGAACGGCCAUAACAAAGAGUGUUUCACUCGAUGACACUCGCGGAUCUGAAGACACUUUUAAGAAGUCUAGAGCGCCACGAAGAGCCAUUAGCACCAGUGCAUCGAUGGGUGAAAAAGGAGUUGUUGCUACAAAAAAUGCCGCAUUAAAAAAGACGCCCCAAGUAGUCUUGGUGAAGAAGUCAGUAUCGAUAGGCAGCACGAAGCCCGUGGCAUCUGCACGGGGAAAUCGGAGUGGCUCCUCCAAGGUCUGUGCACCGGGUGUAAGUGGUGAUUGUGUUGGAGCAUCAUCACCGGUCAGACCAAUCAGACAAGCAGCAGCCAGGGCGAGGAGACCAGGAGUGAAGGUUGAAGGUGUUGGUGUUCAGACGGAGACGUCCACCACGAACAUUCGCCCAAACUCUCUGCGUGGCUCGCGCAGCAAGAGGAGCCCAAGCUGUCGAGAUACAGUCGAUAAUGAAGGAGAUGAAGAAGGUGAUGAUGAUAGUGAUGAUGGCAGUGGAGCCUUACCCCAAAGAAAAUCAAUUGGACGGGUGUCACGGAAAUGUCCACCGUCUGGGAAGACGGUCAGACCGGUCAGACAAGCAGCAGCCAGGGCGCGGAGUGGCUCCUCUAAGGUCUGUGCACCGGGUGUAAGUGGUGAUUGUGUUGGAGCAUCAUCACCGGUCAGACCAAUCAGACAAGCAGCAGCCAGGGCGGGGAGACCAGGAGUGAAGGUUGAAGGUGUUGGUGUUCAGGCGGAGACGUCCACCACGAACAUUCGCACAAACUCUCUGCGUGGCUCACGCAGCAAAGGUCUCGCAGCUGUGAAGAGGAGCCCAAGCUGUAGAUAUACAGUCGAUAAUGAUGGAGAUGAAGAAUCUGAUGAUGAUGAUGGCAGUGGAGCCUUACCCCAAAGGAAAUCAAUUGGACGGGUGUCACGGAAAUGUCCGCCGUCUGGGAAGCCAAGUGAGAGAGGGGUCCGUCGAAGAUGGAUUUCGACAUGGCGGAGGGGCCAGAUCCCACGUGAUGGUGCUGCUCAUGCUGCAUGCAGGGGCAGAGUUAAUUUAUUCGUUCUGCAUGAACAUGACGAUGAUGAAAAUUAUUCUACCGACGACGAUGACACGGAUGAUUCUGAUGAUAAUACCACAGCAGAAAAGAGACUGACUCUUAAGGAUGUCUUAAAUCGCCUGAUGAUCCAGAAAUCCAAGCAGAUAAUAGUGAGCAAGGUCAUAAAUGACACUGUCAGGACCAUAUGGGAUGCGGUGAAAGAAGACGGUCAACUUCCAGUCGACAAACUCCUGAACACGGGCAGCUACUACGAGAAGCUUAAGAUCAGUGAGCCGGAUGAGUUUGAUGUGAUGCUGGUGCUGCUGGAGCGGGUGAAUCUGGAGGAAGUGCCAGGCCUGGGUGGAGCCUUCUACCUCGUCACGCCGAAACGCAAUUCUGCACUCCAGAAAUUUGCUGUCGGGAACUUCAUCUCACCAGCCAAGAUCAUCAAAGUGCUGAAAAACAUCGUCAAGGGACUUCUGCCUACGCUUGGGUACAAUGCGAGACUAAAGCCUGCGUCGAAAGGAUGCCCGGCUGUGACUAUUCAACUGAAGCCUAUCGAGGAGGAAGACGAUGUGUGUGUGGACUUGGUUCCAGCCAUCAAGGUGCAGAAUUCAACCUGGCCUCCAGCAGCGAAGACCAUCAAUACAAGUUCUUGGCUUGGCCGGAAGCGCAUGGCGAAGUUAUUCACAAGCAAAAGCUUUUAUUUGGUGGGAAAGAAGCCUCCCAGCAAUGCAGAAGGAGUAAUCGAGGACAAAGCCUGGAGAAUAUCCUUCUCCGAGGUGGAGAAAGAUAUUGUGCUGAAUCAUGGGAACAAGAACACGUGCUGUGAGAAAGGACAGGAGCAUUGCUGCAGGAAGGAAUGCCUCAAGCUGCUCAAGUGGCUGUUGGAGUCAUUCAAAAAGUGCACUCCCAGCAUGCGGAACAACCUGUGCUCCUACCACGCCAAGACGGUGUGGCUGCACGCUUGCGCGGACCGGCCCGACGAUAGCAUUUGGAAUUUGAAGGACCGCCUCAUGUGCUUCAUCAAUCUCCUCAAAGAUUUUGCGAUGGCUGCCAGGAGGGGCAUCCUCUCUCACUUCUUCCUGCCCGAGUACAACCUGUUCGACAAGAAACUCGUAACGCGCUCAAGCCUGAAGGAUCUGGAAUCGGCCUUAUUGAGGGAUAUACAGAAGCUGAAGGAAGGGAGGGUUUCUGAUGUGUUCCCGCAGUAGCAGGUUUAGCUGGUAUGUUGACGGGCAUCGCCAUUGUUGCGGUGGUGGUUUGUGAUGUUAGUGGAGCGUUGGUGUGGUUAGUCUGGUGAUACAAUGGUGUUAAGUUAGUGUACGGUGCCUCUUUAGCUUGUGUUUCUCAUUGCUUCGUAACCCUUGUAAACCACUACACACUCCAUUGUGUUGUUCUUCGCGAACCCUAGCCACUUAAUUUCACCUUGCCUCGACUGUUGCCCUGGAACCUGGCCUGUCUUAAGUCCACUGCUUGAAACAAAUUCAGCGGAGACUUUAAUUGUAAAACUAUGUGUUUUAUUUAUAUCCGUUGUAGAAGGUUAAGGUCACUUGAUGCUUCAAUCUCUCCCCUUGACGGGCACAGGGUCCUUUGCGUGGCAGUGGCUAAGGAUCUGGGGUCUGUAUAGCGAAGGUUUUACUUUUAUCCAUAAUGAGAAUGCCAGGUGUUAACCAACUUUAAAAUUCCAGAUAUCCUUCAAUUUACAACGAAUUAUACAUACUUUUUGAUUCAUUAAAUCGAACCAAUAUCUCAACCACAUUAAUUACAUACACCCAGCCAUCAAAUUCACCAUGGAGGUGGAAAAGGAUGGCAAGCUAUCAUUUUUGGAUGUUCUAAUUGAAAAGAGACCAGAUGGCUCAAUGGGACACUGUCUACAGGAAAGCUACCCAUACGGAUGUCUACCUAAAACCUGACUCCCACCACCAUCCAUCCCAGAACAAUUCCCUCAUCAAAACUCUACACCAUAGAACUCGAUGUAUCUCCGAUCAUCAUCACCGAGCCAGUGAACUAAAACACAUUCACCAAAGGACCCAAUGUUCUGCCUCACGGCAGGUGUGGGGGUGUGCGUACACAGGAAUUUCCUGUAUUGAUGUUGAGUUUGGUCACGUGACCAGGAAGUUACGAUUUAAGAUUCUCUAAGCCAUGCGGCAGGGUAUCAGCCAUUACACAGAGUACAAAAUGGAGAGACAACUAGCGUCCCAGUGAAGACAGGUGCAACUGUACAUUGUGGGACUUUAAGAAGCACUGUCUGUCAGUUCGUUUAUGUUCUUAUAAUACUGGGAAUGCUGUUAUAAUGUUAGGAUGGCCGUUGUAAUGCUGUAAAUGCCUUUAUAAUGCUGUUAAAUUAUGAUAAAUAUGAGGCCUAGUUAACAACGAAGCCUGCCACUUGCCUUAUUGUGGUUGUUACUUGUAAUUGAAUAAGUCGAGUCAGACUUGUACCCAUGUAACCUUAUUGCGAUUUUGAGAGCAAGGAUGACGAAAUAUCUCAUCCACAGUUCAGUGUUAUGUGCAGUGCUGUACAUUUAGGCUGCAGUAUGGUGAUUACACGAUGUGCCCUUACUUAACACAGUAGCUUAUUCUCUUGUAUAGCUAUUCUGUACUAAUGUAGGUGCCUGGUCCAUCCAGGAUCCAUUGUUGAGUUUCAUGUUAUCUAAGACAAUGUUAUGAUGCUGUAGUGUUCAUUGUAUUGAUAUUUCUAAGUAUUAACAGAUGCUGUAUGUUGUGCUGUGUUUUUCAACACGGAUGUUCACCCUGGCUCUGGAGGUUUAUUGAAUGCGAGGUUAUCUACUCGGAUAGUGGGGCAACGCAGCGCACAGCGAGGCCGAGAUACCCAAUCAAAACCAUCACCUUGCCAUACAUAGCAGGGGUCACCAAAAAUAUUUCCAAAAUCAUGAGCAAACACAAGAUCCAGGUUCGAUUUAACACAGUACAUAAAAUUCGUGAUCUGAUCCCAUCUGUGAAGGAUGGGAUCCUUGAUAUGCAAUACCCCGGCGUCUACAAACUAAGCUGUGUCUGCAGCAGUAGUUACAUUGGGGAAACUAAGCGACAUGUCUCGUUUCGUGUUGGUGAGCAUAAGCAUAUUUGAAACAGGGUAGGACCAACACGUCGACCGUGGCUGAUCAUUGUUUUAAUGCGGUUGGCUCACACAAAAUUGAUUUAUCUAAGACGAAGGUACUUUGUAAGCCCACUGGCUAUCAACAAAGAUUCGUUCAUGAAGCCAUCCAUAUAUACAUGCACAAUUUCAACCGAGAGGAUGGGUACAAACUCAGCAAUAAUUAGAAGUACGUCUUAAUUCUAGAUUUGAAGCUUUCGUGACUGCAAGGAUUCAUAUUCUUAGGUUUUUUCGGUAAAGUCACGUAGGUAAAAAAAACCCUAAGAAUAUGGAAGUACGUCAUCAACCAGUUUAAGUCAUAACUGGCUGUGAUGUUCCCAUCCUGCCACCUUCCGAUGUUUUUUUAUUUAUUUUCCCCGUGGCUUUGGCUGUCCGAUUUUACAUUAACAGGUAAAAUUACUCACACCAACAUAGCCACUUUCGCGCGCCGAGCUCUUACAUUAACAUGCUAAUUUAUCACAUUAACAUGCUAAUUUCUCACAUUAACAUCACUAGCCCCGCCCACUUCGUUUAUGACCUUUGGGCUACACCCAUUUUAAACCUUUGAAAACAGCCUGCCUUGAGCAGUUUUUGCCCUCUUUUUUUUCCUCCUGAUGACGAUCGCUUGUGGUGAUCGAAACGUCGUAGUUUUUUUAUUUAAUUUGUAUUUGAACCUAUCUGUGACUUUACCGAAAGACCCAAAGAAUACAAAUUCUCAGUUUUUAUAAAAUUUCACACCAACAGCCCCGGGAGGAUACGUUUUCCAUCCGCGACAGUACCGUGGCAUCUCUACAGUGCAACAGUAACGACUCCACAUCACCGUUCCAGUCAUUCCAAUAGGCAGAUCUUUUGGCGAGUUCCCAAUCGUUUUAAUAUUUAUGUAAUUUAUUAUUUUUGUAUUGUGAAAGCUAUAUAGGUGUAUAUAUUUAGGUGGGGAGUGAAGUUAGAAUGACUGUCUGAAACACAUGCCUAUUUUUAAAAAUUUAAUUAAUGGGAAAAGCCAUUCACGACAUUUCGUUUUAUGGGCGUUUUUUGAAGAACCCAUCCCAUUCGUAAAUCGAGGGAUACCUGUACUGUACAAGAAAACUCCUUUAAUGUCCCUAGAGCAUCCAACCCUGAAUGAAUUAUCAACCCAAAGAGAAGACUUUGAGGUGCAUCACCGUUGCCUCUCCAGUGACGUCAUGGUUUGCCUGUAAUGCCCUUUCAGUUGGCUGCAGUGAUUUAAAGAGACAACGAUGGCGGACAGACGUGAAAGUCACUUUAAAGUAUUUUUCUCAUUGACAAACACGUGUUGGGCAGCCGUGGUCCCACACCCUGUGUGUUGCUACAAAGUGUAAAACUGUUGCAAGUGACUCGGCAUUCCAAAUCUUCUACUUUACACUUCACUUUACCAAAGAAACCGAUUGCCUUUUAACUGUCCCAAGAACAAGAAUUGGAAUAGGUGACAAAGCCUUUGCAGUUGUAGCACCAAUCUUUUUGGAACAACAACCUUCUUGGUUCUUUCGGUAAAGUCACG